AUGUCGCCCACGGAGAACGAAUCGACAGCGUCAAAGGAUGCAAACCGCGGCUUCAUUGGCACCAUCGAGCCAUGUAUAGUGACCGGACAAGGCGGCAAGGAAGUCUGGAACUGUGAAACGUACAGUUUCUUCGACAAUGUCAGACCUCCGACCGUGAACGAGAAGCUGUGGAACCACAGCAAACUCACUGCCCUUCAUGGCCUAUUUGAGGUCCUACCAGGCAUCUACCAGGUCCGUGGACUUGACAUCUCGAACAUGACGCUCCUGGAGGGUCAAUCCGGGGUCGUUGUCGUGGAUCCCUUGACUUCCAACGAAUGUGCAGCGGCCGCGCUGUCGCUAUAUCAGACUCAUCGCGGGAAACGCCCAGUCGUCGGCAUAAUCUACUCGCAUUCGCACAUUGACCACUUCGGCGGCGCCAUGGGAAUUUUGCCCAAAGACCGCGAAAUACCGAUUGUUGCGCCCAGUGGAUUCGUGGAAGAGUCGAUGAGCGAGAACGUGAUGGCUGGGCCGGCCAUGAUGCGGCGCGCGGCUUUCAUGUACGGCACGCCGCUGCCCCCGGGACACGCUGGCCGCGUCGGCGUUGGAAUCGGCGUGGGCGUCUCGACAGGCACCAGCUCGCUUGUUCCGCCCAACAAGCUGAUCGAAGAGACCGGACAGCUUGUCGAGGUCGAUGGUAUUAAGUUGGUGUUCCAAAUGGUACCUGGGACCGAAGCCCCAGCCGAGAUCAACUUUUACAUGCCCGAGCAGAAAGCCUUGUACAUUUCGGAAUGCGCGACACAGAGCCUGCACAACAUCAUCACUCUUCGGGGUGCCGUUGUUCGCGACGCCAAGGCAUGGUCGGGAUAUCUCGACGAGACCAUCGACCUCUACGGUCGGCAGUCCGAGGUUCUGUUCGCAGGGCACACCUGGCCGACUUGGGGCAACGCAAACCUCCUGCGGCACAUCUCUGAGCAACGAGAUCUCUACGCUUACUUACACGACCAGACCUUGCGGCUCAUGAACCUUGGUCUCAACGGCACGGAGAUUGCAGAGCAGCUCACGCUGCCGCCUCAGCUCCGAGAUGCGCCACACGCACAGGGGUUCUACGGCUCGGUCAGUCACAACAUCAAAGGCAUUUACCAGCGUUACAUGACAUGGUUCGACGGCAAUCCGGCACAUCUAUGGGCGCACCCGCCGGCCGAGGAAGGGCGACGCUACAUCGAAUGCUUCGGUGGCGCCCAAGAGCUCAUCAAAAAGGCCCAGCAUUACGCCGAUGCUGGCGAUCUCCGUUUCGCAGCCUCGCUGCUCGACCACGUAGUCAAGGCUGAGCCCGACAACAAGGCAGCGAAGCUGGCGCUCGCGUCCGUGUACGGCCACCUGGGCUUCGGCGCCGAGAAUGCAACGUGGCGCAACUUCUACCUUACCGGCGCGGCGCAACUCCGGUCGGCCGGCACUGAUGAGACGACCAUCGUCCCGGACUUUCCGGCUUUAAAUCCGCUGGGUACCGUCGAUCAAUGGCUUGACUGCCUUUCCAUCCGGCUCGACGGCUACAAGGCUGCCCCGGAAGCCAUGGUCAUCGACAUCAAGGACUCUGCGCGUGGGGCCGGGUGGCGGGUUCGGCUCAGCAACGGCGCCUUGACCCAUCGCCACAUUGACCAGUCCACGGAUGUGAAGGCUUCGGACCUAGUCCUGACGCUGAAGAAGGAGGAGCUCCUGGCCGUCCUGAAUGGAGACUUCGCCUUGGCCCAAGCCAAGGCUGCCGGGGGAUGUGAGCCACUGAGGAAGCUACUGACGCUUUGCGGCAUGUAA